AUGGUGUCCCCUCACCCCUUUUUAACAACUCUUUAUGCUUUGUACAUUUGGAUGUUUGAAUACACCACAGGCAUGGGCUGUCCUCCACAGAAGACUCUUAUGAACGGGAAAUGCUGUGAACUGUGUCCUCCAGGCGAAUAUCUAAAGGAGUUCUGUACAGAAACAACUGAAACUGUCUGCCAACCUUGUCCUGACAACUCGUUCUCUGGACAACAUAAUGCUUUUGACAGAUGUGAGGAAUGUCAGGCGUGUCAAGGGGCUUACCAAGAACGUGAAAAGAAAUGUUCUCCAACCACAAAUGCAAAGUGUUCUUGUCGCCCUGGUUUCCUGUGUUUCGAUGAUGCGUGCUCACAAUGCAUGGAAAAUCCGUGUGCUGCUGGUGAGAAGGUGGUGAAGACAGGGCUAAUACCGCAGUACAACUGCCAGCCAGCAUGUCCUGAUCAUGAAUAUUUGGAUGAAAUGAAUAUCUGCAGAAAGCGGAUACAAUGCAACAAGGAAGAUCUUGCGAAGCAAUUUCGAGGAAACAGAACACAUGAUGCAAGCUGCCAUAGAAACGUUAAGAUAGUCAAUUCGGUGCCGUGCUGGUGGCUUGAUCCUAAUGUGGCUACCGUCUAUUGCUCCCACAACAUUCCUGAAUGCAGGGCUCCCAGACAGCUGGGCAAAUCCUCUGCCAACUGCAUCCAGCUCUCCAGCCUGGGGGAAUGCAAUGGCACGCUGUAG